AUGAGCGAGCCUCUUCCCGUUUCUUACGACAAUGAGCCGCAGUUCCAGGCGCCCGAUCCCCUGGCUCAUCCUGUCCUCGUCCCGGACACGGGUCUGAACGGUCUCCUGCACGAACACAUCCCCUCAUUGGUCGUCAGAGAUAGUUCAAGUUCCUCUUCUGCCUCGUCCAGCUCGGCAACCGGCGAGAAAUCGUCAGGUGGUUCCAGUAUCACUACUCCAGUAGUCGUGGGCACAAUUGUACCCCUUGCCAUUGCCGUGGUUAUCAUGAUCUUUCUCCACCGACGACACGUCAAGAAGCUGCGGCAGGAGGAUGCUGAGGACAAGCACGGCUCUCUGGACUUUGGAUUGGGUGAGGGACGCAGACCCCAGCAAACCAAGUCAAAAAGAUGGAAGAAGCAACCUCCUCUCCCUCCGCCAGAGAUGAGCAUGUCUGAUGCACACAACGCUCUUAGAAAAGAGCGCGGCAUGUCCAUCGACAUGGGUCACAGCCCGUACUUGCUUCCCCCAGGUCUGCAGCACUCGCGGGAAUCUCUGCACUCCAUGUCCCGGUCCCAGCACCUCAACGAUGACAAAUACCAGCGGACUGACUUUAUUCCCGACGACGGCUCCAUUCGGUCGCCUACGGUACGAAAUCAUGGUGACGACUCGUCCAGCUUCUCGGGCUCGACGCGGUUCAGAAACGACACCGACUCCAGUCGAUCUUUGAUUCACGCUGCGCACGGUCUCCCGGCUCGUCCAAAUCCUCCUCCAAAAGCAUAUUCUCCCAUUCCCGCUGAACGAACUACUUCUCCCAAUCCCACGUCGCUCCUCGCCCCUGCUCCGGCCCAGGAUACACGCGAAUCAAUAGUCAGCACCACAGGCAACACUGCAGCGUUCAGAGCCAGCAAUGACUACCUGGGUGCUUUUAUCCGUGGGGGUUCCAAACCUGAUACCGAAAAAGAGGCUCUAAACCAAGAUCCGAAGGUGCAACCCCAGGUCACAGUCACUGAACGUGAGACAGCCGAGACGCCCGAAAGUCAGAAGACGUUCGCUCCAGUUCCAAUGCCCGCAAUCGUCAUGAACGAGCCACCUCUUGAGCACGCCCGAAUGUCUUCGGAUUACACGAUCCCUAAUCAGCCGGCACCAGAACCCAAGGAGGAGCCUCAAAGACCUGCUCGAACUACUAGUAUGCCACUUGACCGCGAACCCCAGCUUCCUCAGUUCAACGUGAUGGAUUUCGACAGCCAAUCAACAACUCCUCGGGACCAGAGCAGGGAGAUGUCGAUGCAUGGUGGCCAGAACAGUCAAGGAUGGACCCCUGAAGACAGAAGUCGGGAGACAUCAACCUAUGGCGAUCAUCAACAGCCUAGCACAACUCACAGCCGUGAUCAAUCGAACGCUCAAGCUCACCAGCAGUACGAUGAUGCAUCAGACUAUUAUGAUCCUGAGGAUACAUACAGUGUGUAUGGUGACUACGAAGACGAGCUCGGUUAUGAUCCACGCCGUCUGACCUGGGGUGUGCGACCGCUGCCUCCUGACGAUCCAGCUGAGAAUCCGGAACAGAGAGCGAAUCGAAUCCGAUCGUUCUACAAGGAGUAUUUUGACGAGUCUAGCAAGCCUGGUGGCGGGAAUGUAGCGCAAUAUUUCGACGGAUCGGAAGACUUCUACGACGAUUACUACGAACAAGACUACUACCCGCCACGGGGCAUGUCUGCUGCCGGAGCUCCACGCCACCGUGCCAUGUCCAACAACAGCCACAUGCGGCAUGGGCCACGUGCGUUCUCGUCUGCUUCUGCACGGUACGCCAUGCCUCCGCGCGGCGGACCCAGGCAGCCUCCUAAGAAGAGAGCUCCACCUCCCAAGGCUCUCAAUGAGCUGCCUACGCCACAUAAACUCAAAGACGACACCUUCCUUAUUGACAUGGCCGUUGAUUUCGCGCCACCUGACAAGGCCAGAUUCCAGCGCUCCGGAACGCCAAGCUCGCCACGUGGAGGGCAGAGGCCAUUCUCACCGAACGUUCGUGCUUUUACGCCUCUGCAGUCCUCUUACGACGACCUCGCUGUUCUCCCAAGCCCGCACCUGCUGCGCAAGUCUGGGACCUUCACAGGACUCGACUUUGCGCCACCAGGACGGAUUCACGUACCGGGAGACAGUGCGAGCGACGCAGGCAGCAUUCGCAGCGCUCGAUCCGGCAUAUCACGUAUGCAUGAGCACAGCAUUCGUACCGGCGCCUAUCGUGUCAGCCGUAUUCCGCGCGAGGUCGCAGGAACGCGGGACGAAAUCUCAGACGCUUUGAAGCCGACCAUGGAUAUUGGUCGAAAAUAG